GUUUUCUGGAUGUUAAAUACCAUUGGAUGAGUUACUUUUUAUUGGCAUUGGAAGCACAUUACAUUAUGGCAGGGUAAUGUUUCACAAUUUAAUGAAUCUUCUACCUAUUUGAUGGGAUGGUUAAGAGAUUAUCUAUGGUUAAAUUCUUCACAACUUAUCAAUGGAUAUAACCCUUUUGGUAUGAAUAGUUUAUCAGUCUGGGCGUGGAUGUUCUUAUUUGGACAUCUUGUUUGGGCUACUGGAUUUAUGUUCUUAAUCUCAUGGCGCGGAUAUUGGCAGGAAUUGAUCGAAACUUUAGCAUGGGCUCAUGAACGCACACCAUUGGCGAAUUUGAUUCGAUGGAGAGAUAAACCAGUGGCUCAAAAUGGUUAUACAAAUAUCAUUUCACUUUCUUCAUCGAUUGCUCAAGUAGGAUUGAUGUAUGUUUUGGGUUGUCCUCAUCAAAAGGCGACCAUACAACUAAGCUUUGUGCAGGCUUGUUUUCAUCUCUUAGAGCCAAUUUUAUGGAAUGUCUUGUUUGUAAUGACCUUCGUCACCGCAUUCGUCUCCAUAGUGAAAUUGAUUCGGUCUUGGGCAUUUCGCGUGCCCAUUAUCUUAUUGCUAUGUCUUAAUUUUCUAUAUGGCCUUUUUAAGUAUGUGAAUGCAGCAUCGAUGUUCAAUGUCCUCUGCUACUCAUAUAGAAUGAAUGGUGUCUUGUUUGUGUCUCUCGGGUUCUUGGUGUUAUGUUGCUUUAUCUUAGUGUUAUGGUGCUUGUGCGUUUUCUUUGUGGAGACGUCAAAGCCAAAUAGAGGAGGAGUAAUGUGACUCAGAAUAUUGUUG